AUGGAGAGGCCUGUAGAUACGAGCCACGACCUGCCAGCACUUAAAAGAGCGCGGGUGCAACGAUACAUAGGUCUAUGCGAUGCUUGUACACGUUUAUUUUCCCAACAAGCGCUACAGGAUCUGAACUCUUCUUCUGGUUAUGUCCACAAAACCCGGCAGAGUCUCUUGAGUUCAGCCAGAGCUGGCUGUGACCUGUGCAAGUUCAUUUUGGAUGCUGGAUUGAAAGAGUUUGGACACCAUAUCUGGAACAACGAGGGACUUCUACGUUUCUGGAACUCAAAACCGAAUUCAGGAGGCAAAAGCUCGAAUCUAAAUACCUUGACUGGUCGAGUGAAUGGCCUAAUUGGAAGUAUCUUGCUCUAUCCAUUUGUGAAAGAAAAUGAUCCCCUCUCCUCCUUGAUAAAACGACGGCCACUACGCAGAGAUGUUUCAAGCCCGGAGGUUUAUUCAUCCGCUAAAAUGUUGAUAGAGGCUUGUAUGAGUCCCCAUGCACCAAGCAUGGGUCAUCAAAAGUGUCAAUACUCAAGAGACAUCGUCCUUCCCACGCGUGUAAUAAAUGUCAGCGGCCAUACUGCACAGCUACAGAUCAAUGAGAAAGAAGCUCGAGGAACAUACCUCGCCUUGAGCUACUGUUGGGGGAAACCGGACCCGAAAAUGCAAAGCCGACUAUCAGAACUACGCCUAAAUAACGAGCAAGAUCUCUUAAAGGAGAUCAAACUUCAAGAAUUGGAACAGUCUGUCCAAGACGCAAUACGUGUGGCUCGGGAACUGGGGUUUUCUCAUCUCUGGGUGGAUAGAUUGUGCAUCAUUCAAAACUGCGCAGAUGAUAAGAGACGAGAAAUUAGCAGGAUGGCGACAACGUACAAGAACGCUGCUAUAACAUUGGCUGCUGGGACUGCUACAAGAGCAUGUGAAGGAUUCUUGGGAAACUUGCCUGGCAAGAAUUCUACGUAUUUGCCGGAGAAUCACUUCGACAUACCGAUGAAGGAUGGAAGUAUAAGGACUGUUUAUCUGUCAGGAAGCCCGUAUCGGCCCAACCAUCCUCUAGACAAAAGGGGAUGGACUCUUCAAGAGUACAUGCUUUCGUCCCGUAUGCUCAUUUUCUCAGAUUACCAACUCCUUUGGCAGUGCCAGGAAACUGAACUGCAGAGCGUCACGGGAAAUGAUAUCGGUAUAGAAUACCAGCAACAUCUUGAGUCAUUACCGUGGGCUUCCUUCGACGAGGAGGGUGAACCAUCCUACGGAACACAUGAUUCAGAGAAACUCUAUCUCUGGAAGACCAUCAUUGUUCAGUAUACACAACGGCAGCUGAAAGACCCCGAAGAUAGGUUGCCAGCGGUUACGGGUAUCACAACUGAGUUACAAAAGGUCUGGCGAGACUCUCAUAUCUACGGUCACUGGGAGCGAUGGUUUAUCCAACUUCUGGCAUGGUACAAGCCUGAUAACGGAAGAGUGAAGGAGAGACACACUAAGAGAGCUCCCAGUUGGUCCUGGGUAUCAGUCGAUGGAAAGAUCCGGUUCGAAGACCCGAUGGAGGUUGAGGACGCCAAGAUCGAGGUUCUGACCGCAGCCAAGGUUAGGCUAUUCUGUCGAAUACUUCAGUUCAGCGAUAUAAGCCCUCAUAAGCGGUGCACACUGUCUACAAUGCUGGAUCUUGUGGAGUCAGCUUCAGAUGUUGAAUUCGCAGGGAGGAAAUGCGAGUAUCUUCUCUUGGGCAAAACUGGCAGUUAUCACCAGGAAACCGGAGUUGCUAUAAUGAUACUCAAAGCCCCUGGUGGAAGUUAUAGGAGAGUCGGUUUAGCUCUGUUCGAAGACAUGGCAGUUUGGACUGGCGUCAAGUUCCAGAGUGUUGAUCUGGAGCCAAAGGAUAAGUAG